GAACAAAGAAACCUUGGUGUAGACUUAUAUCAGAAUUUCCACAGAACCCAACUAUUGAGAUUUCUGAGCCACGUUUUAUGGCCGGUGCGGGCAAAAAGCUUUCUAAAAAUGCAAUGUGUGUAAUAAGACGGCGAGUGUACCAAAACAAUUGGGUUGCUAUUAUUGAGAGGAAGGCAAGCAGAGAAUCUGUGCAAGUCAAUGGGCAUAGACUUGAUAGGAAUACCAGUGGCCUUCUCAAUUCUGGAGAUGAGAUCGUCUUCGGUCCAUGGGGAAGAUAUGCCUAUAUUUUUCAGCAACUGUUGUUUUCACCUCCAAUUGUUGACAGUAGCAAUGCUGCUGAUGUUGGAUCGUCUAGCCAGUUCCUCCCUCUUGAUGGGAAGCUGAUGUUGGAGGAAAAAAGGUUGACCGAGGAAUCAAUACAUGCUUCAACAUCAUCAGGGAUGUCUUCAAUACCUUCUGUAUUUACAGAAAAGAUUCAGGCAACAAUCAUUGAUGGCAAAGAUAUAGAAGUGUCAUUUGAUGACUUCCCUUAUUACUUAAGUGAGACCACAAAAGCUAUGCUGAUUGCUGAUACAUAUAUACACCUUAAGCAUAAAGAGCAACUUAAGUAUGUCUCUGAGCUUCCUGCGGUCAACUCAAGAAUUUUGCUUUCUGGUCCAGCAGGAACUGAAAUAUAUCAGGAGAUGCUGGUGAAGGCACUUGCUCGUUAUUAUGGAGCUAAAUUGCUCAUUUUUGAUAGUGAUGCUUUUUUGAAUGGGCUAUCUUUGAAGGAAGCUGAGCCAAUGAAAGAGGCAUGUAGUGCACACAAAUCCUCUUCAUCCGGGGCAUCAAAUGUAUUUAGGACAGGUGAUAGAGUCAAAUAUAUUGGCUCUGCUCCUGGUGAACUGCACUUGAGUCCCAUCAGGAGUGUAAAAGUUGGGUCUACAGGGAGUGUUGCAUUGUCUUUUAAUGAUAAUCUAUUCGCAAAAGUUGGUGUAAGAUUUGAUAACCCCUUCAUAUAUGGCAUCGACUUAGGUGGUCUUUGUGCUGAUUCUCAUGGAUACUUCUGCAAAGUGAGUGAGCUGUGCUUAGACGCCCCUGCUGUGGAGGAUCCGGACAAGUUACUCACUAAUACAUUGUUUGAGGUUGUAUUCAAUGAGAGCCGGAAGUCGCCAUUCAUUUUGUUCAUGAAAGAUGCUGACAAAGUAAUGGCAGGAAACUCAAAAUUAUCUUCAACAUUCAGAAGUCGGCUUGAGAAACUUCCUGAUAAUGUAAUUACUAUUGGUUCACACGCUCAUACAGAUAAUCACAAGGAUAAGGAUAGUCCUGAGAAGACACAUGACAAAGGAAAAGAGGUUGCAAAGAAUUCAAAAUUUCUGACAGAACUUUUCCCGAAUAUAGUGGCUAUUCACAUGCCGCAGGAUGAAGCACUUUUAUCUAUUUGGAAACAACAACUGGAUAAAGACGCCGAUACCCUCAAAGUGAAAGAAAAUUUUAAUAGCUUACAAACAGUUCUGAGUCGGACUGGAUUGGAAUGUAAUGGACUCGAGACAUUGUGCAUCAAGGACCAGAAUUUCUCUGUCGAAAGUGUAGAGAAGGUUUUUGGAUGGGCAUUGAGCCAUCACUUGAUGCAGAACUCUCAAGCGGAUCCUGACAUGAAACUUGUUUUAUCUCCUGAGAGCAUUCAGUAUGGGUUGGAAAUUUUACAAGCCAAGCAAAAUAACACCAAGAGCUUGAAGAAGUCACUUAAGGAUGUUGCGACAGAAAAUGAAUUUGAGAACAGGAUUCUAGAUGAUGUUAUCCUGCCCGGUGAUAUUGGGGUGACAUUUGAUGAUAUUGGUGCACUUGAAAAUGUCAAGGAUACAAUAAAAGAAUUGGUCAUGCUUCCCUUACAAAGACCUGAACUUUUCUGCAAGAGUAAACUAACCAAGCCAUGCAAGGGAAUACUUUUGUUUGGUCCUCCUGGAACUGGGAAAACCAUGCUGGCAAAAGCUGUUGCCACCGAAGCGGGUGCAAAUUUUAUCAAUAUUUCAAUGUCAAGUAUCACUUCAAAGUUCUUUGGUGAGGGUGAGAAAUAUGUAAAAGCUGUCUUCUCGCUGGCUAGUAAAAUUGCUCCCUGUGUUAUUUUUGUUGAUGAAGUUGAUAGUUUGCUGGGACGAAGGGAAAAUCCAGGAGAACAUGAUGCGUCGCGUAAAAUAAAAAAUGAAUUCCUGGUGAAUUGGGAUGGGUUGCGCACGAAGGAUUCCGAACGAGUCAUGAUACUAGCAGCAACAAACAGGCCAUUUGACCUUGAUGAAGCUGUGAUAAGGCGACUGCCCCGUAGGUUGAUGGUCAAGUUACCAGAUGCUCCAAACAGAGCAAAAAUUCUCAAAGUGAUACUCGAAAAAGAGGACUUAUCUGAGGAUGUUGAUCUGGAUUUAAUUGCAAAUACUACAAAUGGAUAUUCCGGAAGUGACCUGAAGAAUCUCUGUGUAACAGCUGCAUAUCGACCCAUCAAAGAGAUCGUAGAAAAGGAAAAGAAGGAACAUGCUGCCGCUAGUGUAGAUGGUCGACCACCUCCAGCACUAUACAGCAGUGCAGACAUACGACCACUGAAUAUGGACGACUUUAGAUAUUCUCAUCAGCAGGUUUGCGCAAGUGUUUCAUCUGAAUCUGAUAAUAUGACUAAGCUUCUUGAGUGGAAUGAUCUGCAUGGAGAAGGGGGCUCUCGAAAGAAGCAGUCCUUUAGUUACUUCAUUUAGACCGUCUCUGUGUUUAGGUAGAUGUUUAUCUUCCUCCAAUUUUGAUUACCUAUGGGGCAAGGUCAGUUGCCUGUCCUUUUGGGUUGCUGUGAACCUUGGCUGUUUGUACAAUCCGUUUUGACAUGUUACAAUGGUGGAGUAGACUUAUAAAAAUAGUUAGUUUAUCUGCCUUCGUUUUGCUCUCAACUUGCAGACGGUGUUCAGUUCCUGUCAUAAAGGUUUGUUGUGGAUACACAUUUAUUCAUUCAAUACUUGAUCCAAUUGAUUUUUGCAUAAA